AUGAGGGCACGGAAUCUGUCGGAGGUGUUCUCUUCUUCGAGCGACGUGUGGAAGGAGUGGGAGCUGAGAGGCGUGAUCUUCUUGAGCCUUGCCCUCCAAAUCGUCCUCAUUUGUCUUGGCAGUUGCCGCAAGUACUUCCCUCACACUUGGAUUAGGGUGGUCACCUGGUCGGCCUACCUAUUGGCAGAUUCGGUCGCGAUUUACGGGAUCGGCAUGAUCUCCAACAUGAUCAGGGAAAUUAAGGCUGGAAAAACGUUGAGCAACCCACACGCGGAGCUAAGCACCUUUUGGGCGCCGUUUCUGCUGCUGCACUUGGGAGGCCCCGACACAAUCAGUGCCUAUGCAAUUGAGGACAACGAGCUCUGGCUCAGGCACUUGCUGACGCUGGUGAACCAAGCGGGCUUGACAGUUUAUGUCCUGGUGACGGCAUGGACUCAUCCUACCCUUUCAUUCCUUGCCAUUCUGAUACUGCUCUCGGGUUUCUAUAAGUAUGGUGAGAGGGUUUGGGUCCUCCGCACCGCCAGCCACGAGCACUUCAAGGACUCCUUCGCCGAGUCCCGACCCCACCGAAAGGAUUCUGGCAAGAUUAAGGUGGAAUGUAGCUUGAAGCAGCAGGAAGGGGAUGUUGUGCCUCAUCAUGUUAUCGACGUAGAUAAUGAAGAUGCUAUCGAGAUCGAUGUUGCGAUCGCCGAAUUUCCCUUUGAAAAACUGAGUUCCGCGAAGGAGUCGGAGGACCAAGGAUACAAGCACGUCAUGGGCACAUUGCUAUCGGCCAACCACUUGGUCAACACUAGUCAGCGACUUUUCGCAGAUCACUUGUUCAGCAUGGAGGAACGUGACAGUUGCCUGUCAAUAUUGAGCGGCAAGCACCGUGUAGGAGAUUUCAAGGUCAUUGAAAUCGAAUUGAGCCUCAUUUAUGACAUGUUCUACUCAAAGGCAAAGGCGGUCUAUACGAGAUGGGGCUUUAUUUGUAGACUAGCCAUCUUAUUCUCGAUCUGUGUUGCCCUGGUGCUCUUCUCUUUUACCGACGAGCGACCAUACUCGAAGCCGGAUCUAUUCUUAACCUUCCUGUUGCUAGGAGCGGCCAUUUUCAUCGAGUUAUACGCACUCGCUCACGUUCUUUUCUCCGACCAGGCUGUCUGUUGGCUCAUUGAGAAAAAACAAUCAGCCGUCUUUUAUUUCAUCAACUGGCUCCGACCGUUGUUGAAAAGGCCCAGGUGGUCCAAUUCCAUGGGCCAAUACAACCUGAUGUCCUUCGAAAAAAAUGACUCCUGCUGGUGGAGAUUCCUGACGCGAUUGCACGUUGAUGAGAUGGCAGUGAAGUUUCUCUACCAAGGCCACGAGGACGUGGGUGACGAUAUCAAAGACCUAAUCAUGUUGAAGAUCAGAGAGAUGGAAGCGAGGGACGUGCAGAAACUCCAAGCGUGGGAGCUGCAGAAACUCCAAGCGCGGGCCGGGCAGGAACUCCAAGUCCAAGACUUCCAACUGAGAGACAGGGGAAUCCAUUCGUUGAGCAAACACUAUCUGCUGUAUCUGCAGGAUGAUGAUCUGUUGAAAGAGAGCAUCAAGCUGGACUUCGACGUGAGCAUCCUAGUCUGGCACAUAGCGACAGAGCUCUGCUAUUUCCUCGAUUACGGAUGGCAAGACAGCACUAAGGAGCUAGAAAGGAAUAACGAGAGCCCUAUCGAGAAGAAGUCCUUGAUGGGUUUGUACUUGUCUCGGUACAUGCUGUAUCUCCAAUAUAUGUGUCCUUCGAUGUUGCCAGCUAGAUUUGGAAGUAUCAGGUUCCGAGACAUUUAUAAAGAGCCCGGCAAGCAUUUCGACUUGCCUAAAUUCGCUCAGGAAGAAUCUGAGAUCGCAGAGGCUAAGAAGAAGUUGAGUGACAAAAUGUCGGCCUUAGCCCUGGAGAGCAUGUCGAAAGCCCCGGAGAGCGUGUCGGAGGAGGACCAGAUCAAGUUCGUGCUCAGCAAGGGGUGCGACGUGGCGAUGAACCUGAGGUGCUACCCGCGUGGGUGGAGAUGGUCAGCAAUCAGCGAGGUGUGGGUGGAAAUGCUGAUGUACGGGGCUAACAAGUGCAAAUCGAGGGAUCAUGCUCAGCACAUGCGCGGGGGGGUGGGGGCGGGGGCGAGCUCAUAA